CACUGCUCCGGAGUGCCACUAACUGGCAGCAAGGAGCCAGGAGACUGGCAUUCCCAGCACCAGAUAAAGGCCUGUUGAUCUUUGACCCCCACCCUUCCCGGAGCCUUGGGCCUCCCUCGCGCCUGCCCGCCUUCCUUUCUUCUCUGCUGGCCUCUCCCUCUGUUCUCUGUCUCCUCAUUUUCCUGGCACCCUUGCUCUGACCGGCAGUUUUCCCCAGCUCCUUGCCCAGGCCAAUCCUUCCAUGCUGUCUUCAAGCCCUCCUUCCUGCACAUCUCCCAACUCUGACCGGGAGAACUCCAGCAAGAAGGUCCAGUGGGCUUCUGGGAGGAGGAGGACGUCAUCCACAGACUCAGAGUCAAAGUCCCAUCCAGACCCCUCCAAACUGCCCAGGUCCCGGAGACCCAGCCGGCUGACGGUGAAGUACGACCGGGAGCAGCUCCAGCGCUGGCUGGACAUGGAGCAGUGGGUGGAUGCACAGGUUCAGAAACUCUUCCAGGAUCAACCAAGUCCUUCUGAGCCUGAGAUUGACCUGGAGGCUCUCAUGGAACUAUCCACAGAGGAGCAGAAGACUCAGUUGGAGGCUAUUCUCCAAAACUGCCCCCGCCCCACAGAGCCUUUUAUCUCUGAGCUACUUGGUGAACUCAAGAAACUCCAGAGACUCAGUCGGCCUCAGAAAUAAGCCUUGUGAGACUACUUUCAGCAGCCUCAGCACUGCCAGGCCUGCUCUGAACCUCUGGAUUCCAGGCUGCAAGGGAAAUGGCUCCUUGGGACACAGACAAGGAAUGUGGAGGAUGAGGAGGGACAUUUGGACACCGCUGGUGUUUGUGCAGUCACAGUUAGUUCCUGUCAGCUGGGCUUUCUGGGAACCAGUCAUGGCUGUUGCCCAGUGCUUUCCUUGGCAGCCAAGUGGAUAAAACCUUUAGAAGCUCCAGCU